AUGGGGCGCGUGGAGCUUCCGCUGCUGGGAGACGGUGUCUCCGCGCAGGAGGAGCUGCCCCGCUGUUCGUGGUGCGGCAGCAUCUCCAGGAGCGUGUGUGGUUACUGCAAGGUCAGGGCGUAUUGCAGCUUGGAGUGCCAGCAGAACGACUGGAAGUCAGGGCACCAAACUGCAUGUGUUCGGGUAGCACCAGCUGCUUUGCCAGCAGAGGAUAAGGACUUCCAGCUUUACGAGGUGCCCUACGUCGUGCGCUGGGCCAUCAACCUGGAGCAGUGGAGGAUGUCAGCAGACAGCAAGGAGUACGCGUUCUUGCUCAGCCGCAUUCCCGACAACGAUGCAAGAAAGCGCAUUGCUUCUUCGAAAUCAUGGAGCGCGGCGAAGCUUUCGCUGGCCAAGGAACUCGCAGUGCGCCGGAUGGCCGAGGUCCUCACCCAGGCCAUCUGGACGAAGGUGCAGUGGCGGCAUGACUCGACCACCGACAGAGACUUCCUCUUGCAGAAGGAGGAGUAUGUUUGGACGGGGCAGAAGUAUCAAAACUCCAACCGGAGGUUCCCAAAUUUCAACUUCUCGAUGAUCGAGACCGACAGCUACUUGUUCCUCGUCUCCCAUCCCCUGGCCAUCACCGGCAUCUAUGCGAGUGGGCCGUUGACCGCGGCUAUGCCAGAUCCGAGAGAAGCCUUUGCCGAAGAACUUGCAGCCGCCACGCAUGCAGCGCAAGGAGAGGCUUCACCGCGACAGGUGCAGUCUCCCACUCCCGUGGUCGCUGCUGAAGAGGAGGAGGAGGACUCGCGCAUGCUUGGGAACGCAGAACUGAUUGAUGUGUGUGAGCCAGUUUCAGACCAGCAACGUCGCGAGCGGUUGCGGCAUGCGCAUGGCUCGGUGACCGCACAGGAGGCCCCUCACGAAGCGGAAGCCUUCUGGGUGGACAAUAGCGAGCUCCAAUCUGGAACCCGUGGGAUCGCCUACCGGCGCAGCAUGAGCUUGGCAGACAAGGAGCCGACGAAGAUCGCCGAGUUCAACACGGUGGUUCGAGGGAUUCCGCACGAGACAUGGCUUCAGGUGGAGGACUUCUUCUUGCCGAUGAAAGUCGGGGGCAAAGAGGCCCCGGUCCCCGAAGUGCCAAAGGCGGAGGCUCGCAACACUCCAGAAAGCCCACCGACAGCGUCACGGCCGUUGGUCGCGGGCACUGGCUCUUGGUACGAGGUGGUCUGUGAAAGGCCGAUCAUCCGCACUGCGCCUGACCUUGAAGCCCCCAUGCAGGGCACCCGACGCCGGGGUCAGAAGCUGGAAGUCUUCGACUGGGAUCCUACAAGGAAGUGGAGGAGGAUUUCUACAUCCUUGGGGCCUGCGUGGGUUCUGUUGGAUGCAGAGACUGGCCCCGUUCUGCGGCCAAAGGAUGUUCCAUUUUCGCAGCAGCCGCUGCACCCUCUGUGCCAAGCAGCACGGGAAGGAUGCCUCCCAGACAUUCAGCGCUUUCUGUCGGAAGGCCUGGAGGUGAAUGCACGCGACGUCGAUGGACAGACACCCCUGAUGCUUGCGGCUCAAGGCUUCGGUUGGGAAGGCUUCGUCGCCUGCGUCCUGCUUUUGGAGGCCAAGGCCGACCCAAACCUGACGCUGAACCGUGCCGACGAGAUGUCCUUGCGUGAGAAGAUCGUGAGGCUCGAGCGAGAGAAGCGGGCUGCUGCUGAGCACGAAGAUUUCGUCAAGGCUGCAAGCAUCAAGAACGAGCUCGAUGCCCUCAAGAGAAACCUGGACGAGCCUGGCAGCACCGCACUCACUCUCGCAGGCGAGACAGCGGCAGCGGAACUGUUGAAGAUGAUGUCAACCGGAAGUUUGUCUUGUGACAUGCAGAAGUUGCAUGCCAUUUACGAUGAGAUUCGCGACGUCCCCGGCCCUGAAUGCAAAGGUAUUCCGGGCAGAGUUGAAGCAUUGGUUCGCGUCGCCGAAAGCAAAGGCGCGUCGCAGGAGCAGCAGCGCGCUGGAGAGUGCGAGGUGCAAGCCGGCGAGGCCUCUGUGGAGGCAGACAGGGAAGGGGAAGUCGACCGGCAGGAGACUAAAGAAGAUCCAAGCCGAAGCCGGGACCGGGGGCCCGACAGGCCCGAGAGGGCGGAGGCAGAAGAUGGUAGCGAUGAGCUGCCGGUGCUUGACACGGAGGUGGCCGAGGAGUCUCGAGCAGUCGUGUACCGGGUGGUGCACGACAAGGCAUGGGUCUACGAGGAGCCAUCGCUGUCUGCAGAGCUUCUGGGUCAGUUGAAAAAGAAUCAACUCGUAGAGGUCUUCGACUAUGACCGCUCCAGAUCAUUUGGUCGUGUGGAAGUUUGCCAUCGAAGCACCCGAUUUCGGGAGAAGGGCUGGGUAUUGUUCGAGGAUGAGUCUCUGGGAGACCUGCUGAAAGCCUUGGUGGGGAAGUUCGCGUACUUCAGGACUCUAGGCAAGACCUCCGGAAGACAGUGGAGUCAGAUCGUGCUUGGCCAGGAGGAGGUUUCUGAUGCCGUUGCCGGCGGUGCAGAACCAGAUGACAGGCCGUCCAGACCUCGAAGGCAUCCUCUUCGUCUAGGGUGCCGUCCACUGCCCAGGUGGAGGUGCGAUGUUCAUUGCUGGAAAGACAACCACAUUGUUGUUUGUCGUGGACCACCUGACGAAACUAUAGACCCUGAAGGUGAGUUCCAGCGCACACAGGCGGCAAGGUUCCUGGAGAUCGAUAGCUACGACAAAGCUCUGGAUCACACGGAGCCGCAAUUCAUUGAGGUGCCGAUAGUGGAGCUGCUCCCUGAGAAGUGGCACUCGGACUACGUGCGGGCUUGUGGAGGCGGUGAGCGAGGGGACCAGACCCGGAUCAACGAUCUGGGCCCCUACAGGCCUCAUAUUCCGAAAGUCUGA